GAAAGAAGGUACAUAAACUCACUUAUCUUCCAUUGAUAUGCUAACUUCAUUAUCAGCAUCAUUGGCUUUUGAUCAGCAGUGCUGAUUUAGUGAUUUAUUGCUUGUUUCGCUUUGUUUGGAACUUGGGAUCUUCUUUUUAUGCUUUUUGGUGACUCUAACUUUCUUACUCUAGAAGGUGUAUGCUGCAGCUUUCGUUGGUCAUCUUCUGAUCUUCGUUUGCACGAAAAGAAUCAAAAUUUUAAACUUCGUUUUCUUACUUUGAUUGCAUUCACUGCAUUAUGCAUAUUGAAUAUUUUGAUCCCAAGGGUGCAUGUGGGCGACUCUUUAUUCAACUUAGCCUAGUGUUUGAAAGAGACGGGUCUUGAUAAUUGGACUUGAGAUGGCGGAGAAUCUUGAUAGCUUCAUCUCCAAGUUGAUCUAUCUUUUAUACAUGUAUUCACAAGAAUCCUAGUCUAAGCAGUCACGCAUAGGUCGUUCCUUUUGUUGUGGCCUGAAAUUUCUGCUUGGUCAAUUUCACUUAUGUCAAGAGUUGAGAUUGCUUGAAGGUUGAUUCAACACCUGAUAUAUAUAAAUCCGUGUGUUACUUGUUCUCCAGAUUUAUUUCAUUGAUUUAAGAGAAGUUGACACUUCUGAAAGAAAAAUAUGGGCUUUGGAAAUACAAGAUCCGUAAGAUUUCAAGAUGAUCUUGAACAAGCAAAAAUCCCCGUGACUAACAGUGACAACGGGAUCAAAGUAAAAUACAACAUUGAUGGAGUACAAAUACCCGAGCCUAGCAGCACCAAAAUGGCUCAGAAGAAUGAAACAGGGAAGACUGGGAAGUUCUUGAGAGGCAGAGUAUUGUCAAGGGUAUUCUCAGAGGAUUACGAAAGAGUGAAAAGAAAAAUACUAGAUCCUCGAGGACAAACCAUUCACCGAUGGAACAAGAUUUUCUUGGUGGCAUGUUUAAUAUCUUUGUUUGUGGACCCCCUCUUCUUUUACUUGCCAGUAGUUCAAGAUGAAGUGUGCAUUGAGAUUGGAAUAACACCUGAAGUUAUCCUCACAGUCAUUAGAACAGUUGCAGAUUUCUUUUACAUGUUUCAGAUUUUCAUGAAGUUUCGUACAGCUUAUGUUGCGCCUUCCUCUCGAGUAUUUGGGAGAGGAGAACUUGUUAUCGAUUCUUCUAAGAUUGCAUUUAGGUACUUCAGGAAGAGUUUCUGGUUAGACUUUGUUGCUGCUCUGCCUCUUCCACAGGUGUUAAUUUGGCUUGUCAUCCCCUUCCUCAGGGGUUCUACCAUGGCAAAUACAAAAAAUGUUCUUCGAUUCAUCAUCAUCUUUCAGUAUCUCCCUAGGCUGUUUCUCAUUUUCCCACUUUCAUCACAAAUUAUAAAGGCUACUGGAGUUGUAACGGAAACAGCAUGGGCUGGUGCUGCUUACAACCUGAUGCUUUACAUGUUGGCAAGCCAUGGUUUAGGUGCUAUGUGGUAUCUUCUAUCAAUUGAGCGACAGGAAGCAUGCUGGAGAAGUGUUUGUGAUCAGGAGAAGUCAUAUUGUCAAUAUGGAUAUUUUGACUGCCACAGGGUCAACGAAGCCAGUAGGGUCGCCUGGUUUAUUGCAAGCAAUGUCACAAAUUUAUGCUCACCUGAUGUCAACUUUUAUCCAUUUGGCAUAUAUGGUGAUGCGGUGACUUCUGAAGUCACAAGCUCACCAUUCUUUAACAAGUAUUUCUACUGUCUUUGGUGGGGCUUAAGAAAUCUGAGUUCUUUAGGACAGGAUCUUCUCACUAGCACUUUUGUUGGAGAAAUAAUGUUUGCCAUUGUAGUUGCAACCCUUGGAUUGGUUCUUUUUGCCUUGCUUAUUGGUAAUAUGCAGACAUACCUUCAAUCAACAACCGUCCGCUUAGAAGAGUGGAGGGUCAAAAGAACUGAUACAGAACAAUGGAUGCAUCACAGACAGCUACCUUCGGAACUAAGACUAGCCGUAAGGAAGUAUGAUCAAUAUAAAUGGUUGGCCACCCGAGGAGUUGAUGAAGAGGCUCUUCUCAAAGGACUUCCAGUGGAUCUUCGAAGAGACAUCAAGCGCCACCUUUGCCUCGACCUUGUCCGAGGAGUCCCAUUAUUUGACCAAAUGGAUGAGAGGAUGCUAGAUGCAAUAUGUGAAAGGCUGAAACCUGCAUUGUGCACCGAGGGCACCUAUCUUGUUCGCGAGGGCGAUCCAGUGGAUGAAAUGCUCUUCAUAAUAAGAGGCCAUCUGGAUUCCUACACCACCAACGGCGGCCGAACCGGGUUCUUCAAUUCAUGCCGGAUUGGUCCGGGCGAUUUCUGCGGCGAGGAAAUACUGACAUGGGCAUUGGACCCUCGACCGAGUGUCAUACUUCCAUCUUCCACUAGAACAGUGAAGGCCAUCUCCGAAGUAGAAGCUUUUGCGCUUAUGUCAGAGGACCUCAAGUUUGUAGCGUCUCAGUUCAGAAGGCUGCACAGUAAACAGCUGAGGCACAAGUUCAAGUUUUACUCGCACCAGUGGCGAACAUGGGCUGCAUGUUUCGUCCAAGCUGCAUGGAGGAGGUAUAAGAAGAGGAAGGAACUUGCUGGACUGAGGGCUAAAAUGAACCAAACUGAUGAUGCUGAGCCUGAAACACCAAAUUCUGGCUCGUCAGGCUUAGUCGCAUAUGGAUCGAGUAAGGGUAGGAGCACCGGAAAAGGGGUUAAUAUGUGUUCUGAGGCAGCUUCUGGGGUUGUAAGCUCUCUGCAGAAGCCUGAAGAACCAGACUUUACUGUUGAUGAGUAAUAAAUAACAAGUGUAUAUUGUUUUAAUUAAGGCCUCCCUCAUUAUUAUUAUUAUUAUUGUAGUCAUUAGUCAUUUUUCCUAUGAAUUACAGGAUUUAACAGAUUGAACUGAACUAGCCUCGGUAAUUAGUCCUAGUAGUCGUGAAAGAUGAGUUGGGUGGAAGUAGUACAAGCGGAUAUUAAUUAGUUUAAGAGAUUUGUGGCUCAACAAUGCAUUUAGAAUGCUUGAUACUGGAAAAAUGGUUUAAAAUUUUUUUUUUAAAUAUGCAAAUAAUUAUUAGAUCUUGCAAAA